GAACUUGCCCCGCUCUUGUGGACCCAGAGCUCCAAGAACCUGAGCCGCUCGCCCCGCCCAGAUUCCGCGUGCUCGUGCCAGGCUCCACCACUCGGGAACUGCACCAGCUGCCCCGGCUCCGCCCACUCCGCUUCGAGAGCCUGUGCGGGCUGCUGCACGCCAGCUUCGUCCCCAAAGCGCGCCUGGGGGGCUGGACCAGUUGGCGCGCUUCAGGCCCGUGCCCUGGCCCAAGCCACCAUGGAGGGGGAUGUCCCCGACGCCGCAGCCGCCAGCUACCAGCCGGCCAGCCCUCCAAGGGAUGCCUGUGUCUACAACAGCUGCUACUGUGAAGAAAAUAUUUGGAAGCUCUGUGAAUACAUCAAAAACCACAACCAGUAUCCUUUAGAAGAAUGUUACGCUGUCUUCAUAUCUAAUGAGAGGAAGAUGAUACCUAUCUGGAAACAGCAGGCAAGACCUGGAGAUGGACCUGUGAUCUGGGAUUACCAUGUUGUCUUGCUUCAUGUUUCAAGUGGAGGACAGAGCUUCAUUUAUGACCUUGACACUGUCUUGCCAUUUCCCUGUGCUUUUGACACUUACGUGGAAGAUGCCUUUAAAUCUGAUGAGGACAUCCAUCCACAGUUCAGAAGGAAAUUUCGAGUGAUCCGCGCAGAUUCAUAUUUGAAGAACUUUGCUUCUGACCGAUCUCACAUGAAAGAUUCCAGCGGGAACUGGAGAGAGCCUCCUCCAUCAUAUCCCUGCAUUGAAACUGGAGAUUCCAAAAUGAACCUGAAUGAUUUUAUCAGUAUGGAUCCUGAGGUAGGGUGGGGAGCUGUCUACUCGCUAUCUGAAUUUGUACAUCGGUUUGGCAGUCAAAACUACUGAACUGGACAUCUGGGUGUAGAACUAUGGAGAAGUUCUAGGACAUGAACAAUGGGACGGUAAAUGUCAUGGUACAUUUGGCUUGGAAUUGUGUUUUCCUCUUUUUAAUUCAAUUCAGUUGAAACAUGAGUGAACAAAAAAUAACUAAAUAAAACCUUUUUUUUUUUUUGUUGAUAUGGCAGGUUGAAACUUGAUGUAGUGUACAUUUGCUAAGAUAGUCCUAUGGCUCAUUUGUUAAAACAUGUGGUGACUUAUGCCAGUAAUUGCUUUUGUUGUGAUAUAUGUGUGUGAACUUUGUUUCUGUUCUGGAUGUUUCAUUUCUCUCCAGCUACACUGCAAGCUCCAGGAGGGCAGGGCUGUGGCUCCUUGCUCAGUGAAUCACUAAUACCCAUUAAAGGUGCCCAUAAAAUGUUUACUAGUGAUUGUGUUGCUGCUUGAAGAGGGCUGAUAUUGUGAGCUGAAUCAGCAAUAAGUAUUAGUCUUUUUGGACUAUUAUGUUGUUAAAAAAGAUUACAGCCCUUCCAGGCUUGAGUAUUGUUUGGUCUGUUUAUAUAUGUUUUUUAUAAAUAAAAUUCACUUAAAAUUAA